AUGGAUGGUGGGGGAGAUUUUAAUAUGAUUCUCCAUCAUAUUGAGAAAUUGGGUGGUCGAAGGGCCGACUCAUCCUUAAUUGAUAAGUUUGGCAAGACUAUGGUGGAUGCAGGCUUGUCGGAUAUGGGGUUUGCAGGCCCCAAAUAUACUUGGAAGAGAGGUAAGGUUUUUGAACGCAUUGAUAGAUGCUUUGUCAACCAAGCGUGGUUCUCUUUUUUUGGCUUUUCUCAUAUUCAACAUCUCUGUAUCUCGGGUUCGGAUCAUAAACCCCUUCUUCUUUCUUUUGAUUUAUUCAAAAAAGAUUCUAAAUAUCAUUUUCAGUAUUUAAAUGUUUGGUGGAAACAUGAUGAUUUUCUUAGAUUGGUUGCUGAUAAUUGGAAUGUCUUUGAUGUGGGUAAUGCUUGGUUCCGCCUUUGGAAAUUACAUAAGAAGGUUGCUUCUGCUUUAAGAGCUUGGAAUUGGGGCGUAUUCGGUGAUGUCCAUGCUCGGGUCACUAGGGCGGAACAAAAGGUACUCUCUUUACAGAAUUUUGAUGAAUCUUCUGAGGAUCUUGUUAUUCAGCUACAAGAUGCUCACUCUGAACUUUUGGUUGGCUCUCGUGUCGAGGAGGAACUUUUGCAACAAAAGGCAAGGGAGGUUCAUUUUGCACAAGGGGAUCGAAACACGAAAUGCUUUCAUGCUUGUAUUAAACAACAUCGGGCAAAAAAUAAUAUUAUUCGUAUUAAAGAUGAUAGUGGUAAUUGGAUCACGGGAAAUGAGGCUUUGGGAGAAAGCAUUGUACACUAUUUUCAAAAUUUGUUUAUUUCUAGCCAGAACAAUGGUGUCAUUGACAACAGUCUUUUUGAUGAGGUUCGCGAAUAUACUGAAAGGCUACAACUUUGUGAUAUUCGUUCUGUUGAAGAAAUUUUUUAG